AUGCCGCGUGGCCUUAGCAGCCCAUAUUCUCCCCCUCAACAUGUGCGCUUACACCCACCUUUUGAGGAUGGAUACGCGUGGUCUGUAUUGCAGGGUAAGGAAUAUCUCCUGGACAAAACUCUCGGUAACGGCACGGUGGGCCGCUACGAAGAAAUUAUAGAGGAGGUUGGCUCGUCGUUCGAAGCGGUGACCCCACAGAGGCACCAACCGGAAUGCGCAGAGCAUAGCACAACAUCAAGUGAUAAGCACAAAUCUCCCGAGGCUAGUUCCACGUCAUUCACGCAGAUAAUCCGGCAGCUGGAAAACGAAAAACAACUUCUCGCCAUCGAGCUUGAAAGCACCCGAGCAUACUCAACACAGCUGCUCCGCAAAGACGGAGAGUGGCAGGAAAAGACCUGCAAUCUUGGAAAAGAACUACAGGAAUCUAGGUCUUCAGUCGACCAGCUUGAGUUUGAGCUGAGACGGGCGAGAGAAGGGAUCAUUGCAGCGACGACGGUUUUGCGUAACUGUCAGCAUUCGAAAGAAGACAGCACUAGCCUAGAACCGAAUGAUAAGGAUCCUUAA